AUGAAGCCUAAACAAGCAUUCCACAUUUUCUUGUUUCUUUCUUUCUACAUUUUCUUAUCUCUAGCAAAAGAAAAUGUUAGAACUGCAAUUCCACAACAAUUUGGAGAAGCCCCCAAAUUCUACAAUGCCCCCGAGUGCCCUUCAAUUAUCCACGCGACGAACAAUCUCUUCGAUGAUGAUUCCAACUACAACAACAACAAUAAUUACAUAUGCUCGGACGAGGCUAUCCAUGUGGCAAUGACCCUCGAUGUUACAUACAUCCGAGGAUCAAUGGCGGCAAUCUUGUCCACUCUCCAACACACAUCAUGUCCACAAAACGUCUUCUUCCACUUCGUCGCCUCAGCCUCGGCCAACGCCCCCCUCCGCACCACCAUCGCCUCCUCGUUCCCGUACUUGAAGUUCCAAAUCUAUCGCUUCCACGACACUACCGUGGCAGGCCUAAUCUCCACUUCAAUCCGCUCCGCCCUCGACUGCCCUCUCAACUACGCUCGCAGCUACUUGGCAAAUCUUUUGCCACUCUGUGUGGGGAAAGUUGUGUAUUUGGAUUCAGAUUUAGUACUAGUCGAUGACAUUGCUAAAUUAGCAGCCACCCCACUUGGUGAUAACAAAGUUUUAGCCGCACCCGAAUAUUGCAAUGCCAACUUCACCUCCUAUUUUACUCCCACUUUCUGGUCAAACCCUUCUCUUUCUUUAACCUUCGCAAAUCGGAAGGCUUGUUAUUUCAACACUGGAGUAAUGGUGAUCGAUCUUGACCGAUGGCGGGCCGGAGACUACACGACAAAGAUUGAGGAAUGGAUGGAGCUGCAAAAGAGAAUGAGGAUAUAUAAUUUGGGAUCAUUGCCGCCUUUUUUGCUGGUUUUUGCCGGAAAUAUAGCUCCCGUGGAUCACAGAUGGAAUCAACAUGGUCUUGGAGGGGAUAAUUUUCGAGGGCUUUGCCGGGAUUUACAUCCAGGGCCAGUGAGUCUCUUGCAUUGGAGUGGUAAAGGUAAGCCAUGGGCUAGGCUUGAUGCGAACCGGCCAUGUCCACUAGAUGCACUCUGGGCACCUUAUGAUCUGUUAAAACCUCCAUUUUCAUUCGAUUCUUGA